AUGGGCAGCGGUGCAUCAGCGGAACAAAGGUUCCGGAAGCCCAAUGCUCGGCGUGUAAACUUGUUCAACAUCUUGCAAGAGAUGAUGAAAGACACCAAGCGAGAGGAGGACAUUUCCGACGACCACUGGCAGCUCUUGAUGAAAGCGCUCGAGGCCGAGGAGCACGACGACUCGCAGGUCAAGCAGCUGCGGGAGGAACUCGAGAAAGAGCGUGCAGGCCGUGAAAGGGCCGAAGACUUGGUUGCAAAACUGCAGGAAUACAAAGACACGAUGCAGGAGGUGCUGAAAGCCAAGGGUGAGAUGCAAGCAGCCAUGGAGAAAGAGCUCGCGGCACUCAGGGACAUGUUGCAGCAGAAGGAUGAGGGAGUCAAGAAGACAGAGGCCUCGGCGGCCAGGUCUGAAGCCGAAGUUGCAGCUGAGGAUAAGGAGGCGGCCGCGGACUGCAAAGACGUCCACGACGCGGCACGAAAGAGUCUUGCCGCCGUGCGGCACUUUCUCCGGGAAGAUCCCGGUGCCGUGGAUAAGAGGGAUGAGCACAAAAGCACACCGCUGUUUCCAGCAGCUCGCCGUGGCCAUGGUGAUGUGGCCCAGUUCCUUCUCGCAGCGCGGGCCAACGUCAAUGCGCGAAAUGACUUCAACGACAUCCCCCUUGACUGGGCAGCUUCGAGUGGCCACGGAGACGUGAUGAAGAUCCUCAUCGACACCGCUGCACAGCGCAGCGAUCAGCGGAUUCUGGUGGAGGCCGAGCCGAGCGCCUCCCACUUGGAAGCCAAAGAUGGCUCAGGACAGACUGCUUCUUAG